CAAUCCAUAAGUAUAGCUUUAAUUUUAGCUACCCUUUUCUAUUUGGCAGUUAUGAGCUUUCUAAUUUUAUCGCUGACCUUGAAUAUGUUGCCAAUGACCUUGCAUUGUUGCAAUAUUUGUAAGCUAAGUGUACGAUGUGUGUGUGUUAAAAAUCGCAAUUACCACAGUGAAUAGUUGGAGUAUAAAACAACCAACAAAAUUACAUGCCAGUAUCAGUUUCCUUUUGGACUUUGAAGUUAACUAAGCAUCUUGAACCAGUUUGAAAAAUUAGCAUAAUGGCUUCUCCAAUGACCGUGUUUGCUUUUUUGGCCAUUUGCAUUGCCUUAACUGUGGCUGGACCUCUUCCUCAUAAGCAGGGCGGUAGUGGUCAUGGACAGGCCACUAGCUAUGCUGUUGUAACCCAACACAAUGAUAAGGGAAGUGGUUCGGCAAAAUCCGAUGGCGGCUAUAGUCAUGGAGGCGAUCAUUACGGUAAAUCUGAUGGCCAUUCUGGACAUGGUGAUGACCAUUCGGCAGAUUAUUACAGCUAUCCUAAAUAUGAUUUCGCCUAUGGCGUUGAGGACUCGAAAACCGGUGACAUUAAGGAACAGCAAGAGUCCCGAGAUGGCGAUAAAGUACAAGGCAGCUAUUCUCUCAAAGAAUCCGAUGGAACAACUCGUCUGGUGACAUAUACUUCCGAUAAGAAGAGCGGUUUCGAGGCUACGGUCCAUAAAAUUGGUCAAGCCAAUGCUGGAAUUGAAUACAAGUAUGGUCACUAAACAUUAAAAAAAAUACUAAAUAUUGCCGGCUAUUUUAAAUAAAUGAUAAAUGAUUGAAGAUGAAGAAAUG